AUGUUAUGUAAUAAUGUAAAUAAACAGAGAGGAGAAAUAACUAUUUCUAGCUCAGAAGUUUCAUGUGAUGCAAAUGAUCAGCUGGAGAUAGGCGAAAAAUUAGUGGUUUUCUUAUUGAAGGUAAUUAAUAUAAGUGGCUCUGGCACUGCUAUCUAUAAGGGGUCUUAUAAAGAUAGAGUAGUUGCUGUGAAACGCAUUCUCAGGAGUCAUAUUAUACUAGCUAACCAAGAAAUCGCGAAUUUGAAAGCAUUUCAACAACACCAAAAUGUUGUAAGGUUUUAUGGGGAGGGACGUGAUAGAGACUUUCUUUAUCUUGCUUUGGAACUUUGUGACUGCGAUUUGAAUGACCUCAUCCAACUAUAUUCCCCGGAUUCCUCUCAAAAUAUGACUAUAUCAAGCAACUUGGAGAAAUUAAGGAAUAAUUUAGGAGAUGUUCAACUUUGGAAAGAAAAUAAUGGCCGUCCGUCACCUUUAUUAUUGAAAUUGAUGAGGGAUAUGGUUUCUGGGCUUGUUGUUGUGCACGACAUGGGAAUAAUUCACCGAGACUUGAAGCCUCAGAACAUUUUAAUAAUUAAAGAAAGCUCAACUUUAUGUGCAAAAAUUUCUGACAUGGGUAUUAGCAGAAAACUUCGUGAUAAUAAGGCGUCCUUAACAAAAUCAACUACAGGUUGCGGUACUACGGGUUGGAAAGCGAAAGAAUGGCUUCUUUUUGAACGCCAAACACUUGCAAUGGAUUUGUUUAGUUUAGGAUGCCUUCUCUUUUUUUGCAUCACGCAUGGUAGGCAUCCAUUUGGAGACCAUGAUGAACGUAAUAGGAAUAUUAGGAACGACGAUGCACAGGACCUGUAUUUGGUACAAGAUUUCCCCGAAGCUUUUCAUCUAAUCUCUCUUUUAUUAAAAGCUGAUCAUAACUUGAGGCCAAAAGCAAUUGAGGUGUUGCACCAUCCACUAUUCUGGAAUGCUGAGAAGAGACUUUCUUUCUUCCGCGACACUAGUGAUAGAGUAAGCAAGAACAAUAAUCUUUUUGAAGCGCUCGAAUCUACCGCUGACACAAGUUUAGGUACAGAAAAGAUGUGUUGGAUAAACGUGAUUUUGGGAUGGAACAAAAAAGUGCAUGCCGAGAUAAUCAUGUACAUUUUCACUGGUGCAAACGGGGCUUAUGAGUUUAGCAGUGUUCGAGACUUGUUGCGCUUGAUUGGAUACAUUUUAAAUCAUUAUCAAGAACUCCCGAAUGUUAUUCAGAAUCUUGUUGGAUCGCUAUAUGAAGGAAUCGAUGACUAUUUUACAAGGCGAUUCCCAUUGCUCUUAAUUGAAGUAUACAAAGUUGUAUGCUUGUAUAAAGAAGACGAGUGCUUAAAGAAAUAUUUCAACGCGAUCUAA